AAUAGGAAAAGAAAAAUUGCAGAUCAAAUCAUCAACUACGUAUUCCCGCCAACUCCUACAGUUAGUUUGUCUAAUCUCUCUCCAUUCCCCCGAUCUCUUGGUUCUCUUCACAUGCAAAACCUCCGUUCCCCUCUCCCCACUCGAUAACCCGGUAGACCCGAUUUGUUGAAAAUGGACCUCUCGGAGGUAGUAAAAAAGCUGGGCCUGUCUGAGUCCAAGCACUUGAUCCGGAAAGCCGCGGAGCUCCGUCGCCUCUGUGACGUCCAGUUCGACUCCUCCAUUAUCGGCGUCGGAGAGGUUUGCAAAGCUAUAAUCUGCUUAGAAAUCGCCGCGACAAGGUUAGGGGUUUUAUUUGAUCGGCAAAGUGCUAUAAGGCUGAGUGGCAUGUCGGAGAAGGCUUAUAGCAGGUCUUUCAAUUCGUUGCAGAACGGACUUGGCGUCAAGAACAACCUGGAUGUAAGAGAGUUGGCGAUUCAGUUUGGAUGUGUGAGGCUCAUCCCUUUUGUGAAAAAGGGCUUAUCUCUCCAUAAGGAACGGUUUUUGGCUUCGUUGCCAGCUUCUCGGCGGGCAAGUGCUGACUUCACUCGCCCCUUGUUUACUUCUGUGGCGUUCUAUUUGUGUGCUAAAAAGCAUAAGCUAAAGAUAGACAAGCUCAAGUUGAUCGAGCUCUGUGGUGCAUCUGAACCUGAAUUCUCUAAUGUUUCUACAUCCAUGAAGGACUUGUGCCAUGAUGUUUUUGGAGUUGCAAAGGAGAAGAAGGAUGCCGGAGAUGUAAAGGGGAAUCGAGAACUUUUGGACGUAUUACCUAGAAAAAGGAAAAUGGAGGAUGGUGGUUAUUUAUCUGAUGAUGAAUCAGAGUUUUCAAGUUACAAGAAGAUCAAAAGAAAGGAAAAACAUACUUAUGAGGAAUGGAAAUCUUCUGUCGUUGCAUCUAACAACCAAAACAACACAAAAGGUUUUGAAAAACACUUCCCUUCUCGUGGUCAUGCUGUGAUGGAAAUUCACGUGGGAAGAAAAGUUGUCAAAGCUCGUAAUGGAUUAUGA